CUAACAAUGGCUCUUUGAGAUAGCCUAAAAAGCAUCCCACACUACUUACACUGUGAGUGUGAUAAUUGUAGAGAGAGAAAAUUCGCGCAAGAAUCAUAUGCAUAUGAAUGCCCAUUUGUCAUUUUCUUGAGCGUAGAGGACUAAAGGGAUAACAUUUUUUUUCUUAUUUUAUUAGCUGAUCGUAUGUGUUAUCAGGGAAGGGGAAGGGAGGGGUUUUGUUUUCUAAAGGACCAAGCUUUCCCACGUCCAUUCGUUUCCGCGGCAUUUAAUGCACCAAUUUGCCUCACUUUUUUCCUGGAUUAUUGAACUUCUUCACAUUUUGAGGCUUUCUUGUUUAAUUGUUGUGAGUUCAUGGAGGUUUGGGUGUUUCCAGAGCUGUCAAGAUAUGCUUUACUUCUGCUCUGCUUAACUUUGGUCCUUUAGAUCAUUGAUGUUUUGUGUUCUUAAAUAUUUGCAUAUCAAUGAAGUUGUUGGCAUAUCUUAUGAUUGAGUUUAAAUGUUGGUGAGAGUGAAGCCAUUAUUAUAGGAAAUUGGGGCUGGGAUGAAGCUUAUUAUUAGACUUGUAACCUUUUCCAUUUACUUUGGGUUUGCCUUGGGGCAGUUCAUAUCCCAAGAUGUUUCUGUGCUGCUUGAAUUUAAGAAAUGGAUCAAGUAUGACCCUACAGGCUAUGUGCUUCAGUCCUGGAAUGAGAAUUCCACUGACUCAAAUGCCUGCCCUGCCUCUUGGAAUGGUAUCAAGUGUAAUGGUGGUAAUGUUGCUGGGGUUAUCCUCAAUAACCUCGGGUUGUCUGCGGAUGUGGAUUUAAGCGUGUUUGCUAACCUCACAAUGCUCGUGAAACUCUCGAUUGCAAACAAUGCAAUUUCUGGGAAGUUCCCUAGCAACAUUGCGGACUUCAAAAGCCUCGAGCUUUUUGAUGUUUCUAAUAAUCUCUUCACCUCGACCUUGCCACCGGAAGUUGGGAAGUCAGCGAGUUUGAGAAAUCUUUCGCUAGCUGGUAACCAUUUUUCUGGUGUUGUUCCAGAUACACUUUUGGACCUCACCUCAAUUCAGUCGUUGGACUUGAGCUGCAAUUCCUUUUCGGGGCCUCUGCCAUCUUCUUUAACCAAGUUAACAGGUUUGGUGUAUCUUAACCUGUCCUUGAAUGGGUUUACAAAGAAAAUUCCACAAGGAUUUGAGUUGAUGAACAAUCUUAAGGUACUUGACUUGCAUGGUAACUUGCUGGAAGGCGAUUUGGAUCUACAAUUAUUGCUUCUUCCUAAUGCAACUCAUAUUGAUCUUAGUGGAAAUUUGCUUGUGAGUUCUGCAUCUCUGCACCAGAAAUUUCCACCCGGUCUUUCUGAGACUGUCAAGUAUAUAAAUCUUAGCCAUAAUCAGCUUACCGGGUCACUCAUAGGUGGGGUUGAAGAACAAGCAUUUGGAAGAUUGAAUGUUUUAGAUUUAAGCCACAAUCAGUUGUCAGGUGAAUUACCCGUGCCCGAUUUUUUGUAUGAUCUUCAGGUUCUCAGACUCGCCAAUAACAGGUUUUCUGGAGUCAUACCUAACAAUCUGCUACAAAAGGAUUCUCUGCUUCUAAAAGAGUUGGAUUUGAGUGGCAAUAAUCUUACAGGUCAAAUAGGCACGAUAACAUCAACGACGUUGAGUAUCCUCAACCUAUCCUCAAAUGCACUCUCUGGUGAGCUUCCAUUAGUGAUAGGAAGUUGUGCUGUUCUUGACCUCUCAAAUAACCAUUUUGAAGGAGAUCUGACUAGAACCGAGAAAUGGGUAAAUAUUGAGUUUCUUGAUCUCAGCAGAAAUCACUUGACAGGACCCAUCCCUGAGACCACUGCUCAAUUGUUGCGAUUAAAUUAUCUCAACCUCUCUCAGAACGCCCUUAGUGGUAAUCUCACUAGUGUUAUAACACAGGUCCCCAAAAUCACAGUCAUUGACCUUAGCUUCAACCAGUUAGAGGGACCUCUUCUCACCUCUAUUUUGAAUUUACCUACUCUCAAAGAACUUUACCUCCACAACAAUUCAUUUUCUGGAGGUAUUGAGUUCUCUCCUCCCUCCAGUGAAUCAAAUCUUAAUGUUCUAGAUAUCUCCAACAAUCGUCUUUCUGGCUAUUUUCCUGAUGGGCUCGAGUCGUUCACUAGGCUGCAAGUGGUUGAUGUAUCAGGGAAUAAUUUCUUUGGGUCUUUGCCAACUUCUAUUGGUGAUAUCAGCAAUCUGACUUCACUUGAUGUUUCGCGUAAUAAUUUCAGUGGUCCAUUGCCAACAAAUCUGCCCGAUAGUCUCCAAAUCUUCAAUGCAUCAUACAAUGAUUUUUCUGGCAUUGUCCCAGAGAACUUGAGAAAGUUUCCACGAUCAUCUUUCUUCCCCGGCAAUUUGAACCUACAAUUACCAAAUGCUCCCCCGGGUUCAGGCCAGGCCCCAAUGGGAAAUCAGAGAAGGAAACCACUGAGACCUAUUAUCAUAGUGGUAAUAAUAGUUUCUUCAGUGCUUGCUUUAGCUAUCUUGAUCUUGCUUGGCCUUUUUGUUUAUUGGAUAUGCAAAUUCAGAACACCUCAGCCACAUGUUAUAGACAUGGACAUUCGCCGCCAGACCCCAUUACUCCCUUCGGGUUUUAGCAGAAGAGAGGGCGCUGGUGGCUUAGUAGUUUCAGCGGGGGAUCUUAUGACCUCACAGAAAGGAUCGGCAUCAGAGAUAAUUAGUCCUGACAAGAAAAUGGCUCCUGCUGUUACUGGUUAUUCCCAAUCUAAGGCCACCCAACUCUCUUGGUCAUCAGAAUCUGGAAACCUUUCAAAAUCGGACACAAGGUCUCCAGAUCAACUGCCCGGUGAUCUCUACUUAAUUGAUGAUACAAUCUCGUUUACACACGAGGAACUGUCAAGGGCUCCAGCUGAAGUAUUGGGCAGAAGCAGCCAUGGAACAUCGUAUAAGGCAACACUGGAUAAUGGUUUGGUUUUGAGUGUGAAAUGGUUGAGGGGAGUAACAAAACCGAAAAAGGAAUUUGCUAAAGAGGCUAAAAGACUUGCUAGCAUUAGACAUCCAAAUGUGUUAGGAUUAAGAGGAUACUACUGGGGACCCACACAACACGAGAAGCUUAUUCUUUCGGAUUAUGUAUCUCCUGGAAGCCUAGCAAAUUGCCUGUAUGACCGACCUGGAAGAAAAGGGGCGCCUUUAAGCUGGCCUCAAAGACUGAAGAUAGCAGUUGAUGUUGCUCGUGGGCUGAACUAUCUCCAUUUUGACCGCGAGACUCCACAUGGAAACCUUAAAGCAAACAACAUACUGUUGGAUGGUCCUAAUCUGAAUGCACGAGUUUCUGAUUACUGCCUUCACCGCCUGAUAGUGCACACAGGGACGGGGGGCAAAAUGGAACAGAUUUUCGAUGCAGGAGCAGUGGGGUACCGGGCACCAGAACUGGCUGCAUCGACCAAGCUGCCACUCCCCUCGUUCAAAUCAGAUGUGUAUACUUUCGGGGUGAUUUUGAUGGAGCUGCUAACGGGGAAAUGUGCAGGUGAUGUGGUUUCUGGAGAGCACGGGGGAGGUCUGGAUUUGACAGAUUGGGUGAGAAUGAAGGUGAAAGAGGCCCCCCGAGCCUCCGAGUGGUUUGACACAGCAGUGUUGGGUGAGAUAAUGGGGAACCCCGCGGUGGAGAAGCAAAUGAAGGAUGUUCUUGGGAUCGCGCUGCAAUGCAUACAGCCCGUAUCUGGGAGGCCAGGUAUCAAGAACGUAUACGAGGAUCUCUCAUCUAUAUAGUAUGUAAAUCUGUGUUUAACUUGGGGAAUAAAGUAGCUGAUUGAUUGAUAGAUUACCCUUUUCAAGUGUGAGCCAUAGUUAGCUAAAUUGAUUAGCCAUUGUUUCAACUUUGAAGGGGCUUGGCCUAAGAAAGGAAGAUACAGAAGAGAAUGUGUGUGUUAUGCAAUCAAUCAACCAAUCUCUUGUGUAUCUUUAUCUUGUGCUGUGCCUUCUUUCUGUUCAUUCACCACUCACUGUAAGCUACUAAAGCUUCCAACAAAUGUUCAUCUUAAUUGCCCCCCAUGUCACUCAAUGAAUGAAUGUUCAUUCAUUACAAA